GAGAUGUUAAGGAUGUGAGGGUGUUGGUUUAUAGCGACAAGUAGGGCACAGCAUGUCGGCCAAUGUUGAAGGUGGUGGGAAGUGGAGCUGAGAGCGAGAGUCAUGCCUCAUGGCAGGAGAGGCUGCCUCUAGGAAGUCUCUCACUGUAGCAUUCCAGAAGAGGCAGGACCUUGAGCUACGUAAGCUGAGAGAGCACCUGCAUGAACAGUUGCAGCGAGAUAUAGCAAGGAUCUACAGCAAUUCAUUAUAUUGUGAUUUGGAACUGGUGUUUAACACUACUACUAUACAUACACACAGCAGUAUUUUAAAAGUGCGUGCUGAAAAAUUUUUCUCAAAGCUGCGCGCCAUUCCUUCUUUAACGUCCUUGCAGGAUGGUUUGCAGUCAGUAUAUUUUGAGAAGAGAUCUGUGGAAUGCAUAAAAAGCUUCAUAAGGGAUAUUUAUUCAAAAUGCACAGUUACUGAGGAGGAGAAAGAUGCAGUUCGGUGCUUAGAAGAAAUAAGUGAUCAGGUUCAUGGUAACACCCAAACAUUCAAAAGGAAUAAUAGUUUUGAUACUGUUUUGAGCCCUGAAUCUGACAUUUUUCUAACACCAAAUUGUUCCCCCUCUGAAUUGUAUCCACAGAGUGGAAACCAAAAGCCUGUUGCCUCAUUUGUUUUAGAUGGAAGUUAUCUGAAAACUGUUGAAUCAAAACAAGAUAAAUCGAUUAUAAACCUUCACAAAACAAAUCAGUCAUACUAUUCUAUUGUUCCAGUGGAUGAAAUUUUUGUUUGCUCAGAUUCUGUACCAAAACAGCAAUGUACAAUUUUGGAAAAAGAACUUGAAGAACAAGAUGAGCUACUGAAGUCUUUUCAGUCUAUUAAGUCUAAAGAAAAUAACAAAAAUACUACCAGAAAAUUAAAAAAACCAACUACUUUGCCAUUCUUAUCUAGUCAUUUAACCAAAAAGCAAAAGCGUGGUUGUGAUUCUAAUAGUAGAGAGCAGUUUUUAAAAAAUAGCAAACGUGUCAUUGAUACCAGACAAGAUAAGAUUCAUCAGAAUUGUCGGAAAACAGACUCGAAAACCAGUGUAAAUGGAAAGGUGAAUUGUGAGACAAAUGGACCAUCUUGUGAGCAGUGUGAGAAUAAAGAGAGGAUAAUUAAGAAAGACGAAGAAAGAGAACAAGAAGAAACUGAAGUAAAAAAGAAUUCUAAGGUGAAUUUUACCCUCCACUUUUCUGAUGAAAAGUUUAUAAAUACAUUUGUUGAUAAUACAGUUGAAGAUGAUUUUAUGUGCAGUCCCAUUGAAGUUGUAGACAGUGUGCUAGAGUGCUGCAAGAGAAGGGAAACUACUGAAGACCUGCCUUAUUUCUCAUGCAGCCCUGAAAUGGAUGCAAGUGGUGGUGGCCCAGACUCUGGCCUUGACACAAGUUCUACGGGAUGUUUACCCGCAGGCGGUUUCAGUAGUCCUCGAGAGCACACAGUGUCAGAGACCUCCGGAGUUGAUCUCACAGAAGCAGCCAUCGGAGAAGAUAUGCCUCAUGAUGGUGAUGAUGGCGGGUUAGUUGCUCGACCUGUAAAGUCGUCUGCAUCGUCUUCUGUGUCCUCAGAAGCUGGUACAUGGGACAGUACUUUCCCUCCUUCAAAUAGUGACACUGGUCAGGAGCAGAAUACCGAAGAUAAGACUAACACAGACUCCGUGAAGACUUUACCAGCUAAUAGAAAACAAGACAGUGAGUAUUGGAAUGAUGAGAAAGACGUAGAUGGGGAGGCUGUAAUAAAGCGUGAAAAGAGUGACAAUGGUUUUAGCAGCCACGUUUCAGCUCCAGUUCAGGAAAAGCCCUGCAUAUCACAACAAACAAAUAAUGUUAAUAGUGACUUGCCAAUUCCUGUUACAUCAGUCACUAAUAUUUCAUUGCAAACAAAAAGUGAAGAAAAUUUAGGAAACUCAAGUGAGCUUCCAAAAACUAAAAUUUCAGGGUCAGCUGUAGUGAAUAAGAAGCAAAAUGAUAUUUGUGAUAAAUAUUCAGAAAUGCAUGAUAGUGACAAAACAGAAAAACAUGAGGAUAGGGAAAUAAAAGAAGAUACCAACAAGAUUGCCCCUGAAGAUGAGGCUUCUGAUACAGAGGGAAAGUUGAAGGAUGAAUUUGGAACUAAUUAUGUUGAAACAAAAUUCAUACCUGGUUUGUACAGCUCUUAUAAUGAAAGAUGCAAUGACUGGUGGCUAGAGCCAUCACCACACAGUUCAUUGGGUUCACAGAAUUAUUUCAUAGAUGCUGCUAGUUUAGUAGAUGAUAGUGAAGUUAGUUUACCUCCCUUUCAGAUGAGUAAAUCAGAUCAAGUUGUGAAAGAUACCAAAGAGAAUGAACUACCUGUAAUGGAUACAGUAACAGCAACACCUCAUACUUCACCUGUAAGUGAACGUAGCAAACUCUCUAGUAUCGCUGCACCUGAAAUAGACAUUGUUAGCAGUACAGCUCCUCCUGUCUCACAAGUUUUAAGUGCUGUCAAAAUAAAACAACAAAAUUUAUUAGAGUCAGAUCUGAACGUUGUUAAUACGGAUGAGGAGGUUGUUGAUAGACCAAAUGAACAUCUGAAAGGUGCUCCUGAACUCGCCCAGCCUAAGUAUACACAUUUAAAACCCAGUGCUACGAGACUUGAUGGGCAAGAUAGUUAUGCUGAGUUUGAGAAGGAAUUGAAGUUGUCAGAAUCCUUUGCACCACAGAUUGCUUUACAAAAACUGCACAGAGAAGGAAUGAGGAGAAGAUGGGAUUCUUGUUCGGAGGAAAUGUUAGGUGGCAGUUCUAGGCAGUUUGACACGGUUGAUGCCUUGGCAGAGGUUUGCAAGAGUGAUUUGAAUAUUAUACACACAGUUUCAAUAGAGGAUAAUAAGGAAAAAGAUGAACUGGGGCAUGCAAUUUCUUCUUCUGUGCAGAAAGUUGUUAAAUUGGAGAGGGAGUCUCAAGCCAAAGAUUCGUCUUGUGAGAACUCAUUUUCAAAUGUUGAACCUGCAACUGAAGCAGCAGUAGAUUUGGAGUCUGAAUUUGACAGACAGAAACAGUGUAGUUAUAUUUCUUGGGAAGGAGAUAGCUUUAAACAAGAAAUUUACCAUGCAACAAAUGAAAAAAAUGAUGAGUCUGUGCGUAAUGCAAAUUUGCAUGAAAACCCUGAUGCAAAGCACGAGGGUAAUUGUACUGGCACUGAGCAAGUAGAUGGUGGUAAUGUAACUGUGGCCGCGGAUGACAAAAGUAAUACUUCAACAGAAGCAGAACCACGACCAAGUUUGAUAAGAAGAAAUACAUUUGAACUUGAUACAGAUGAUGAACAUUUGGCUAUUUUGCGCCAGGAAUAUGAGCGAAGACAAGGAAAUCUGGUAUUUCAAAGUCACAUACCUCAAUUCUCUGGCCACAUUACAGGAAAUGAAGGCUUUCGUGAUGCUCAGAGCUUAAUCAUGGUUGGCUCAGAUUUAACAGCAGAAGGGAUUAUGACAGAAUAUAUGCAUGGCUCUCAUAUUUCAGCUCCUAGCUCCUUGUUACUUGAUUCAUCUAAGUUAAUUGCAAAUAUUGACCACACUUUGAAUGUCGCAGUUCCUGCUGCUUUAUCUGGUACUACUGUAGGGACUGUUGCAAAUCCUUCUACCCGUAUUCACACAGGAGAGGUGAAGGAAUUAAGUGAGAUGAGGGAGUAUACACUUACAGAUGGCUUAAAAAUAGAACCAUACUCAGAAGUGCCUGUUAUUGAGUUAGGUGUUUCUGAGGAUGCAAUGUCUCUUUACACAAAUGAGUAUAAAAAGUAUUGUGAGUCAAUGCCACCUCAGAAGCAGGAAUUUUUGAAUUCAAAUGGGUUGACUACUGAUUUGGCUGCAUUAUCUGAGACUGAUAAAGACUCACAAAAAUAUGCUGCUAUUAAUUAUGAUAGCAAUUCAAAACCUGUUGUUUCUGGUGCAUUAACAUUCAGUGAUAUUGUUGAGGAAAAGAAACCGUGGGAUAGCCCAAAGAAACAGAAACGCACAGAGUCAACCCCUAUAAUUUCUGGAGGUGUUUCAACAGUAGAUUUUUCUGUGAAACCGAGAAAGAUAAAUGACAGCCCUGUCUUAUCCCGUAGAAGAAAUGAAUUGGCUCCUAUUCUUUCUGGUGCUGCCCCAGCAUUACCAGAGACAAAUGUAGAUACGAUUGAUGCCCAGGCUCCCAAAAACGUAUCUGCAAAGUCAGCCUGGGUAGUGGAUAUGAGUGACUGUGCAGUAACUGUUGCAAAAAAGCCACCUUUAGACUCCAGAAGGCGUCGCAAGAGUGAUAUUGCUAUGGCACCUUCAAAAAAUCUAACUGAUUCUGUAGAACAAGAUCAAAGUGUUGAAAACAAAGAAGCAACUAAUGGUUAUGUUGUUGAAUUAAAAGAAUCAGCAUCACAAGGACAUGGUCUAAAUUUGAAGAGUAGUGAAGUGCUUCCGAAGGAAAACAAAAUUCAGAAAAGUGCAUCUGCAUCAUCAGUGAAGAGUUGUGGUUUAGGAUAUUUUGUUGACUUGUCUGAACCAAAGACUGGAAAGUCUGAGAGGAAGGUACCCAGUAAUACAGAAGUAAAAGUUCGUUCCUUAAAAUCAAAUGCUCAGGAGGGCAAGUCGUGUGGAUAUUUUGUUGGCUUAGGAAAGGAAGAACUGAGUCAAAAGAAAGGAAUUAAUAGCAUUGUAAAACAGCAUUCUGCAGAUGAAAUUAAAGAUGUUUCAAGUGAGAAAAAAAAUCUUAUGUUCUCAAUGUUCAUUGACAUUAGUGCUCCAAAACAAGAAACUCAUCCAGACAUGAAUGGAACAGAUGAAAAAGAGCUCUCCCCUUCUUCUCCAAAGAGAAAAACUGUACAGUCUAUAAAAACUGAGGGUCCUUCAAAAUCAGGUAAACAAAACCGAAUUGCUGGAACGACUUUUGAUGUAGCUGAUGAAAAGCAACACUCUUCGAAAGGAACGUACAUGUAUAUAGAUGCCAGCAAUCCUUCAUCUGUAACAGAGCAUGCUGCUUCAGCCAUUGACAGAACAGUUAAGGAAAUGCCUGAGAAAAAACAGGCAGUAUUUAUGUUCAUAGAAUCUGAUUCCCCUGUCACAAGACGCAAGACAUUGCCCUCUGGUCUGAGGCCAACCUUCAAUCGCCAUUCUUGGAACCCAGAAACUGAAGAAAGGGCUGUUUCUCGGAAACAACAUAAGCGUGCACACAGUCUAUCUGUUGAUAGGAGCUCUCUCUCAACCAGCAGCGAAGAAAAAUCUUCUAGUGCCUCUUCAUUAUCAAAAAGUCGAUUCCAAAGCAGCAGCCAGUCUCUUAGUGAAGAUGGCCAUAUUGUUAAGCAAAUGUCCUCAUCUUGUCAUGGCCGUCUGAUGUCAAAGACUUAUGAGAAAUACGUGAAGCGUUCAUUGAGUUCUGAAGGGAAUUCUGAAAGUGAAAUUAAUACAAUAGCAGAAGAAAAAAAUUACAGUGAGAAAGUGCAACAGAAAAGCUCAGAAGCAUUGUUUAUAGCACUCGAAGAGACAGAUAUGAAGGACUCUGACUCACCAGUAGCUACAGACAGGUCAGAUCAAAACAAGGGUUCAUCAGUUGUUGAUAAUAAAGUUUACAGACAGCGUCGUUUGGCAAAGGGAGAGAGUGAACACACUGUUCUGGAGAAAAAUGUUUCCAGUAGCUCACAUGGCUCUGACGUUGAAUGCUCUUCUGGAAGUGGUGACAAGAGAUUACCAAAAAAAUUGCUGGAUCAGGAAUGUCAUUUACAAACAGGGAAGGAGCAGGAGCUUACUUCAGAGUCAUCUAACAGAACUUCCACUGUGGAGGUCACGAAAGAUGGGAAUGCUGCAGAAGUCGAAUUUCGGGAGUCUGAAGCAAAAUCGGCCGUUAGUGGAAGCUUUGUGAAACUUUCAGAUCUGGACAGAGAGCCAGAAACAAAACCAGAUUCAUGCAGUGUAGAUCCUCUGCCUUCAUUUAGUAGUACUGGCAGAAUGACACGCAGCAUUCCAGAAACAUCUUGGAUUGAGAAUAAGCUAUUGAUGACUCGCUCUAUUGGUAGCGGGGCAACAAGCAAAUCGUUAGGUAGACUUUUUCCACACCUUCAUUCAACAGCUGCUUCCAGUUCUUCACCCAAGACUGGGCACAGCAAGUCUCCUUCUUCCGGGCAGCUUGAAGGCGAAGAUAAUGAAACACAAGUGUCUGAAACAUCUGACCUGAGCAGUAUGCAGAGCAGUAUGGGUCCUUCAGGAUUAGAGGGCAGCACUGAGGAAACUGAUGCAUCAUCUUCAUGUGCUGGUCGCAGUGCACCUGUGUCAAGAUUAGGGGAAGACUUAUUGAGGAUGUUCCUUGAAGAAAUAAAUCCAGAUGUUACUGUGGAAGUUGGAGGUAGACGGAUGAAGGCCCAUAAAUGCAUUUUGUCAUCUCGCUGCCAGUAUUUUGCUGCCAUGCUUAGUGGUGGAUGGGUUGAAAGUGCUGGCAAUGUUAUUUCAUUACAAGGAUUCUCAUAUAAUGCAGUCCAUUUUGCACUUUGCCACAUCUAUAGUGGAGCAAGCAACAUACCAGAUAGUAUUAGCAUAGUAGAGUUAGCAACAUUGGCUGACAUGCUUGGUCUGGAGGGCCUGAAAGAAGUAAUUAUGUAUACUUUGAAAGUAAAGUAUUGCCAUUUUUUUCACAAGCCAUGUUCUAUGUGUGCUGUUGGAGUACUGGAAUGCCUUCCUCUGGCUGCAGCAUAUGGAUUGGAUGAUAUUUACAGAAAAAGUUUAAAGUGGAUCACCAAACACUUUGUGAAAAUUUGGCCUACAAAAGGUUUUGCUACCUUACCAAGAGAAUUAAUAGAUAAAUGUUUCCAGCAGCAUGUUGUUCACAUGACAACUGACAAUGUUCUGGAGACUGUUACUUCCUGUGAUAAGUUAUUGGCCAUUAUUCCAAAUGUACGAUGGGCAGAGCCAGUAUUCAGUCUCGCAUCUCAGCUUUUGGAAGCCUGCAUAAAAUUUAUGGCCAGUCACUUCAGUGGGGUUUUGACAUCAGACAGCUUUCUGUCAUUGGCAAAAGAUUCAAGUUGGAACAUCAGCCAAUUGGAAGAUAGCCUUAUGGCUGCAACAGAUCGGUUACCACCAGACCAGGCAUGCCAAAGUUAUGCCCAUUUACAUCACAUACUGUGUGCUGCAAAGUCUUCAGAACCUCAGCCAGAGGUGCCGUGGAGUUCAUGCUUUUUGGAGCUGUUAGAACGAUUACAAAAAAGGGUGGAAGUCAGCCUGGUGCGGCAGGCCCCCCGUGCUGCCCGAAGCCCCUCUUGGUUACUAAUGGAACCUGAGCUGCAGCGUAGGAUUCAGGAAGCUGCUUGUCUCGUAUUGAUGCCAAGUGAUGAGACACACAGGUCACGUCAUGUCAGCCUUUCUGCGAGGCACAGCUCUACAAGCAGUUCAGGAUCACGCAGUCUGGACUUAAGACAGGUUAAAUUGGCUAUGACCCAGCAAGCUAGGCGAACUGCAUCAGGUGGAAGAGUCUCAGCCUUGCGUGCAGAUAGCAGUAAUACAUCACGCAAGCAGCAGCAGCAGCAGCAACAACAACAACAACAACACCAACAGCAGCAGCAGCAGCAGCUGCAGCAGAUGCCUGGGCAGCAGUCACAUCAGCAGCGACAGCAUCCAUCGGGUUCUGUUGCACAUAAAAAUGGAGAAGUUAAAACGCAAGAGAGUAAACAAAAGCUUCCGAAGCAAAAGAAUAAGAGUACUUCCUGUGCUGCUACACCCGAAAAACUGACUGCUACGACUCGUCGACCAGGAAGAACAAUAUCUUCCUCUGACUCGUCAAGGACUUCUUCACCAGCUAUGCGAAGGUCUGCACCUGGAAGUGACAGUUCAGGAAAGAGUCGAACAUUCACUACAGGAAGUGUUUCAAGAGGAGUUAGUGGGACAUCGCCAGGAAGGGAUGCUAAAGGUAGGAGAAAAAAGGAUGGGGAAUUCAGCAUGUCAGCAGACUCUCUUAGUGAAUUGGCAACUAACUGUGCUAAAGUUCAGUUAAAGGAAACAAAUGAUAUUACAAAGAGUAAGAGCCGAUGUUCUGUGCCUGCAGAAACAAUACUUGUUAAAAAAAGGGUUGGUGAUGAAAUAACAAUAUCCACUGAUUCACUUUCUGAAUCUGCAGCUGUACCAGAAAGGCUAAAAAGACAAGAAACAACCAGUCAAAGUGCUCCAAAUGCCACACGUCCUGACACACCAAAAGAGCGAAGACAUCAUACUCUGGGAAGGAUUGGUACAGAUAUCACUAUGUCAACAGAUUCACUAGCCACAGCAGAAUCAUUUGCUGUGGAUAAUGUCCCAAGCAAAACAGAGAAUGGAAAAACAGUACCCAAAUCACCAACAUCAACUUCCCAAGCUGUUUCUUCAAAGCACGAUCUUAACAGAACACCCACAGCAAAAGGACUGAAGGCAGGUUCCACUAGAAUGGAGAACCAGCAGUCACCAUUGCCUGCUAUCAGAAAGCUAACAAAUAGACAAACCGUUUUGUCUCCUAGAGAUUCCCCAACUGCACGUCUGAGAUCUGGAGCAACUUCUUCACCUUACAGUAGUUCCCCUUCAUUAAGAAGGAAUGUGCUGAUUUCAUCGAGACCAUCACCUGACAAUGUUUCAUCCAUAAAUAAUAAUAGCAAGAAUGCUGCUCCCACAAAGGGAGUUGUACAAUUGAAAUCAGAAAGGAGCUCAAUUAAAGCAAAUGCUUCUUCAUCCCCAACCAUGGUUUCAUCAAAUAGACGCACUCCUCCUAGACUGCAAGGAAAAAAUCAGUUGUCAAGUCCAGCUAAGGUGAGUUCUGAAAAUAAGACCUCUGGCACACGUAGUGCUUUGCGGGAAGCAGGAGGCACAUUCACUCUAUCGAAGACCGUAAUUAAUGUGAAUAAGGUGAACAAUAAUGCUUUAAAGAAAACUGUGAAUGGCGUUCUCAGUAGAAGUAAAUGUGUGCCUGAGGCUGUCACUCAGACAAAGACUAAAGUUGAGACUAAAAAAGGAGGCCCACUUGAAGAUAAGCCUCCCUCUGUUGGUUCUAGAUCUGGUACAUUUCUGAAAGAUGAACCAACUAUAUUGAAAAAACCAGAUGUGGACAAUGUUCAAGAAUGAUUAUUUCAGUUAAGCCAUUUCAGUUUUAAAAUGGUACGUAUGUACCACAAGAGUUUUAAUUGUGAUGGGUAGUUGCAAUGGUUUGUACAAAUGUGUAAUUUAGGUAGCAUCUAAAUAAGCUGCAUUUAAUGAUGUAAUUUUGUUCUGGUGUCAAAUACUUGAACCAAAUCUCGGUGUUAAAAAUCUAUUUUGGAAGUGAAGGGACUGUCAGCUUCAUGAAGCCUUCUCUUUUUAUACUGCGGUGCUAGGAAGUGAAUUUGAAUUGUCACAUGAAUACUGUUGUUUGUUUCUCUCUCUUGCUUAUGAUCUCAAUUCUGUAAUGAAUAUUUUGCAUUUAGUUGCAUAAAUUUUAUAUGAAAUUUAUCAUUUUAACUAGUGUGCAGACAGUAGAACUUAAAUUCAAUUAUAAUUUCACCUUCUGUUUAUUAACAAUUUGUAAAUAAUAUUUAAAGUUGCAUUUGUAGUCAGAACAUUAGAUAUUCUGUCUCUGUGUUACGUCAGUGAGAUUUAUUGUACCUGUUUCCUCGAGUGUUAAAAAAUGUCUGUAGGUGAAUGUGCAAUUAUUACUAGUCAUUUAAAUGCCAUCUAAGGCGUGUAAAUAAUAUAUGUGCUCGCUGCUUCAUAUUUAAAUGUGUCUCUGUAUGUAUAUAAAUCAGUGAGAAAAUAUUUAAAAGAAUAAUAUAUUGACAGCAUUGAGAGUAUUUGUUUCUUAGCUGGUGUAAACAUAACUGUUGUCAAUGUUGUAUACUCAUUUUCAUAUUUUAGAGAAAACUGUUGAUAACUCUCUGAAACUUAAAUGAUGGUAGUUGCAAGUGCUUGUUCUCAAUUAAAUCUGUUAAUAUCUUGGAAACUGAGUUUGUAUUGAAGCGUAGAUAUGAAUGAAACAGGAAUUUCUUGCACAAGCUCUCAGUUUAAUGAUUAUUUUAAAUGAGCUCAGAAACACUAUGUUGUUGAAAUUUUGAGACAGCUCUUUAAAAAAGUCUGAGAAUGACUGAUGUCACUUGCAGUACAAAUUUGUUUUUCUAUAAAGAAAAAUAAAUUGCUUUUGGUUUUAAUUUAUUUACUCAAAUGGGUAACUGAAAUAUCAGCACCAGAUACCAAUAAAUAUUCUUUUGAAAUCUAAUCUUUGAAAAUGUUAUCAACUACCACAUACAUAGAAUAAUUAAUGUAAAGCAAGUCCUCCAAAAUUGCAUUGCGUGAGUAUGCAGCCAAUUGAGUUCUCUGUGAUAUCAUUCAUUUCUUCCCAUUUUAGGACUUGUAUCUCCCUUUCAUUAUUGUACAGUGAAGCUGUUGAAGCAUAAUACUACUAUGUAAGCAGCUUGUGUGUGAGAGUACUGUUACUACUGAAGUAUUUGAAAUAAUUUCUAUUGUUGGAAAACAUGGCUAGAUCUAAAUUUUUAGUCAUUAAGUGUAUGAGGUGUGUUUCAGUUAAAUGUUUCUUUAUAUGCUUCUCUUUGUAUUUGCCCUGGUAUUAUACCACCCAUCUGGUAUGUGGGGUUAGUGUCACACACUAAAUCAUUCAUUUUCUUCAUUCAGUGAGUGAGUGACAGUCACGUGUUCCAAAUACAUGAAGUUUGGUGAUGACUGCCGUACUCAUGUCUGCCAUUUUAUUUGAAUUAACACAAUACAGCUGCGUUUUUUCGAUAACAUACAGCUUUUGUUGGACAUAGAAAUUUAAGGCUUUUGAAUUGGAAGAAAGCUGUCUUGAUUGUGUUGUUUCUCCCCCCUCCCUCUCUCUUUUUCUUCAUUUCUUGUUAUUUUAUUUUUGUCAUUGUUUUGUUGGUGUGUUGACUAGGGAAAAAAUGCCAUAGAGUUUGGCUUGCACUGGUAAUUAAUGUUUUUUGUACAAAAUGCUAAAAGAAUCUGUGGAUACACAGCUUUAUCAUCCUACCUCUGCUCCUAGGUUGUGAUGAAAUAAUAAUCUACUAAAUUGGCAUAUGUAUUGAUGCCAUACAAUACAUAUUUUCAGACUCUGAGAUCUAAAAUCUUAAAAAUGAAGAUCACUGCUGAAGCUCUGUUUAUGCUACAUUUUGAAUCAAAAGAUUUAUUUUUGUAGAUGAUCCUUGUAUACAUCUUUUGUUUUGAGUGGGGUUCUUGCAUCUUUAACUUUCACAUAAUCCGGUACUUAUAUAUAAAAGGGAUAACAGAGAAGAGCUCCAUUCUAAUUACAUGACAUUUCUUAUUACAUUGUCUGCCAGUUUUUUUCCAAAGUUUUUUUGAUAACUGUAGCUUUGUCAUCCAUCUGUAGGUAGAUGUGUAUACAAAUUGUGUAUUUGGCAGCCAAUAACUGAUUUUAAUGAUUUUAUUAACCACAAGAAAAGUAAAAGAUAUCCAGCCUCUCAUUCUUUUGUAAACUUUCAGACAUUCUUCGAAUUUUAAAUCUGGAUGUUGGAAGUUCAAGGUAUGAAAUUUUAUAUUCAGCACUUAAGCUGUAAUAAAUUAUCUUCAUAAAUGGCACUUACUCUUUUGUAUGUGAUUACUACUGACUCGGGACACACUAAGAAGAUGGUAGAAAAAGCACAGUAUUCAGAGGAGCUGUUCAAUAUGGGAGUGUGUUUGUUUCUUGUUCUUCUUCUUAUGUUCAUUCUGCUCUAUGACCUUUGCCUUCCACAGUGUCCCUAAUUCAUAUUUUAUUGUGCACUGGGAGUACACUUUUCUGUGUAUUUAUUGAAAUAAAACAUAGGCAUUGGAUGUUUAUUGGUAGAUGAAUACACACUUUGGGUAUGUGAAACUCAUUGCUCUCUCUCUUUUGACAGUAAAUUUAUCCACAGUUUGUAACUACCAUUACUGUAAAAUUGUUUGUUGUAAAAGAAUAUUAGAGAGACUUUGUAAAAUUCCAAUGUUUAACAAGUCUAGAAGUGCAUUGUUACCCAAAUUUUUACUAUUAUGUCUCCCUCACUUUCUGCGCAUUUAUGGAGUAGACCAGAUUCAGCAUGUGAAACUCUUACUAUCCAUGUCAUACCUGUUAUUGUGAUACAAAAAGUUCAGAAGUUGUUCCAUUACAGAGGGUACAAAAAAUUUUAAAUAUUGUCUUAAAGAAAGGAAGCUCAAGGUUUUCUCUCUUCCUCUUAGGUUUUUCUGAUGGUUGUCAGAUUCCAUAAAUAUUAUGUUAGAGGGAGGGAAGACAGAGGGAGACAUAUUCCACAGCUGUGUUAUGAUACUUAAUAAUUGGUUGUAGAGCUUGCUCCAUUUGGAGUGUGUAUGUGCAAUUGACAUUUUUUCUGUAGUUCAGGUUUUCUUUCAAUGCCCUUAUCUAACAGUAACUAGCACAGCGUGCAGUAUUUGUAGUAAUUAAUGUUUCUGUGUACCAGCUUCCACAUGAAUUACUUUCUUACAUCAUCUGUGGUGAUAUUCUAUCCUUAUUUAAAAUUCGUUUGUACUUUCAUUAGAAAUUAUGAUCAGUUUUCGUUCCUGCCCAUAUCCCCUUUUCCUUCUCGUUGUGACUGAAAUACAUGGAAACUGAUGCUGCAUAGUCCAUGAGUAGAAUUAUUGAAAAGUCUCACUACAGUUUAUUUUCAUAAUAAAGCACCUCAACAACAACAGUGAAUAUCUCAUUAUAAUGAAAUCAUAAGUGCACUAUGAAUACAUUACUCCUGCAUGUGGAUGUUUUAGUAUGCCCAAGAAGGGACUUUAGUCAUGAAGAAAUAGCCCCAACAGUCAUGUUGCCAAUGUUUAUUGGAAAACAAUUUCUGAAAGAAGAGCCCCAGGCAAAUGGAAACUCCUGCUUUUGAUAGGAAGUAUUGUUAUGCCAUAGGUGAUGUACGUAUCUUGUGAGGCACAAAAUACAAGAACUGUACAAUGAUACAGUUAGAAAUAAAUGUGGGGAUAAUCUUUUAACUGGCAAGAAAUCCUCUAAAAACAGGGUAGACAUUUUCAUUUGUGGUGUAUGUCAGUAUGCAAAUGAACUAUGAUUUAUAAAAUGGUAUUAUGAAAUUAAAAUGCCAAUUAAUAUUUGUUACAGGGUUCGUUGUCAGAUUUAACCAAUUUUAGUGCCAUUGAUAUGAUGUUACUAUGUAAAAGAAAAUAACUUUGUGAAUUUAUCUUGCAGUGUUUGCUAUAUGUUUUUAGACAGGACAUUGAGGGGCAGCUUGUUGAAAGACCUUUUAUUAUUAUUAUUUUUUUAAUUUU